GCAUAAACAAGCAGACUUUGUAACUUAAUAAUCUUAAAUGCAGCUUUCUCUAGGAUGUUGUGGGUCUCAUAAGAAAGCAGCUUUAUAAAAAAAGUUUCCUUGAAAACAGUAAAGGGACAGAUGGCCCAUAUUUAGUUAGGAUACAUUAAACACAUUUGUGCAAGUGCAGAACAACAGUUUUUCGUGGAUGUCAGCCUCCUGAAGGAAGUGUUUGUCUUCUGCAUUCUAAAGAACUAAACUGUGAUUUUUUUUCUUCAAGCACAGGAACCUCAACAAUGGAGCCAGAUUACAGGGAGAAAUACCAAGAUCAUAUUAGAAGGAAAUACCAAGUGCUGGAAGAUGCGACUGCUUGCCAGCGGACCCAUGUGCAUUUAAAUGGAAGGCACCUUCAGCUGAUUGCUGCAAGUGAAGAGGAAGGAGAAGAUGAAAGGAUAAGGAGGCAAUGGAGACAUACAGGGAUCAUCUCCAAUCAAAGUUCUGCUGUUGGUCUGGAUGCUCUGUUUGAGACAGGCUGUGCCAGCCCUCAGACAGUUGUGCUGCUGGGAGUGGCUGGGGUUGGAAAAACCACACUAGCAAGACAGAUCAUGCUAGACUGGGCAUCUGGAAAACUAUUUCAGGAAAGAUUUGACUACAUUUUCUACCUGAGCUGUAGACAAAUGAUUCGUGUUUUGGAGGAGACUAGUUUGAUUGACUUAAUCAUAAAUAAAGACCUUGAGCUAAGUCCGGGUGAAACAAUAAAAGAAUUUCUGAAGCUCCCAGGGAAACUGCUUUUUGUCAUUGAUGGAUUUGAUGAAGUGAAUGAUUUAACUAAGCAGCAGGGUGACGGCCUGAGCAUUGACCCAUGCAAGAAGAAGCCAGUGGGAGUCAUACUGAGUAAUUUAUUAUGCAAAACUCUCCUUCCUGAAUCCUCCUUAUUAAUCAUGACCAGGCCAACAGCUUUGGAAACCCUUGAGAAUUGUUUGCAGUCUCCUUGCUAUGCAGAACUCCUGGGGUUUUCCAAGGAGGGCAGAGAGGAAUAUUUCCAUAAAUUCUUUGGGAAUAAAGAAUUAGCAAAGGAAGCUCUGGAUUACACUGAGAGGAGUGAGGCACUUUUGGUCAUGUCUUAUGUUCCUAGAAUAUGCUGGAUCAUGUGUACUGCAUUGAGAUACCAGCUACACCAAGAAAAAGUCCAAGAAGAUCUACCACAAAUUUCUGAAACCCUCACUUCAGUAUACAUACUAUAUCUCUCCUAUCUGAUUGGGUCCUUCAGCAGUAACUCAGAGCUAACAAAUCUGAGGGGACUUUGCUCACUGGCUGCACAUGGAAUCUGGAAUAAAAAAACAUUGUUUAAGGAAGAAGAAAUCAAGAAGCAAUGUACCUCUCAGUUUGAUUCUCUUCCUUUCCUGUUGAACGAAAAUCUUUUCCAGAAAGACUUUGAUAGUGAAGGUUCAUAUAGGUUCAUCCACCUUAGCAUUCAACAGUUUUUUACAGCUUUGUUUUAUGUUUUCCUUUUCAACAGUGAAUCCAAUGACUCUGACGCUUCUGAUACCAGAAUGUUGCUGGAAAGCUGUAGUAAAGACCAAGGGGAUUUUAACUUGACAGUACAAUUACUCUUUGGCCUUUUAAAUGGUAAAACGGUGAAGUAUGUGAAAAAACAAUUGGGAUGGAAAGUUUCAUCUACAAUUAAGACUGAUUUAUUAGAGUGGCUUAAAACAGACACACGGAUAAACUUAGUGUAUCCAAACUAUGAGCCACUGAAGCGUUUUCAUUAUUUGUAUGAGAUCCAGGAGGAGGAUUUUGUUAAAUGUGCACUAGAUCUUAUGACUGAACUAACACUGGAAAAGCUGAAACUCACUCCAGUAGAUCAAGUGGCUCUCGCUUUUUGUGUAAAGAACUGCUUAAAUUUGAAGACACUUUCCCUGUAUAGGUGCUUUUUAGUGAAGGACCAUGAAGUAGAACCACUUCUGAGGCUUCAAAGUUGGCCGUGCAAGCCAUGUGAGAAGACUCAGAAGUGCUCAGCAAUUUACCUUCUCUGCCAAACAUUGAAGGAUCCAAGUAGUAAAAUAAAGAAACUAGAAUUUGAUGGCUGCAAGUUCACAGAUGUUUGCUGUGCAGAUCUCGCCACUGUUCUCUGUACCAACCAGAAGCUGACAGAAUUAGACUUGCAGAUGACCGCCGUGAAAGAUUCAGGGGUCAGUUUGUUAUGUGAAGGACUGAGUCAUCCAAACUGCAGACUGGAGAAACUAGGAUUAUGGGAUUGUGAAUUUACCCAUGUUUCUUGUGGUAAUCUCUCUACCGUUCUCAGUACCAGUCAGACACUGAAAGAGCUGCAACUGGGUUAUAAUUCUUUCUUUGGAGAUCAAGGAGUUCAGCUGCUGUGUGAGGGGCUGAAGCAUGCAAACUGUAAUCUGCAGAGCCUGGGGCUGGAACACUGCAAUCUCACUGCUGCCAGCUGUCGGGAUCUUGCCUCUGUUCUUGGCACCAGCCAAACCCUGAUGAAACUGAACCUGGAAAACAACCAGCUGGGAGAUGCAGGAGUAAAGGUGUUGUGUGAGGGGCUGAAACACCCAAAGUGCAAACUGCAAACUUUAUUACUGGGCACAUGCGAGCUCACAGCUGCCUGUUGUGAGGAUCUGUCCUCUGUUCUUGGCACCAGCGAGACCCUGACAGAGCUGGCUCUAGAAUAUAACAGAUUGGAAGACUUGGGAGUUAGGCUGCUGUGUGAGGGGCUGAAACAACCAAAUUGCACACUGGAAAAACUAGGGUUGGGACAGUGCUGUAUUACAACAGUUUGUUGUGGGGAUCUCUCUUCAGUUCUCAUGCUCAAUCAGACUCUUAUCGAACUGGUUGUGGAACACAAUGAACUUGGAGAUUCUGGAAUGAAAUGUCUGUGUGAGGGAUUGAAGCAUCCUAAUUGCAAACUUCAGAAACUGGGCUUGUGGUAUUGCGAUCUCACCGCUGCUAGUAGUGGGGAUCUUUCAUCGGUCUUCAGUUGCAACCAGAGCCUUACAGAAGUGCUACUAGGUGGUAACAGAUUUGGAGAUUUGGGUGUGCAGCUGCUAUGUGAGGGAUUUAAACAUCCAAACUGCAAAUUGCAGAGAUUAUGGUUAUGUGAGUGUGAAAUCACAGCUGCUGGCUGUGGAGCCAUCUCUUCUGUCCUCAGCACAAACUGGAUGCUUGAAAUGUUAGAUUUAUGGAACAAUAAGCUGGAAGAUUCAGGCGUGAAGCUGCUGUGUGAGGGGCUGAAACACCCAGACUGCAAACUUCAACAUUUGUCGUUGUGGAAUUGCUGUUUCACAGCAGCUUCCUGUGAGGACCUUUCCUCUGCUCUUUGCACCAACCAGAAUCUGAAGAAGCUGCAACUGGAAGGCAAUGAAUUGGGAGAUUCAGGAGUGAUGUUGCUGUGUGAGGGGUUGAAACACCCAAAUUGCAGACUGCAGGAAAUAGGGCUGGACAGUGACUUCUUAACUGAAGAUGCAGUGCAAAUGCUGACUUGCCUGAAAAAGAUAAAGCCGGACCUCAUCAUAGACAUGUAGAAGAAGCAAUGGACAAGUACCAGAAUAACAUUAUGAGAAUUCAACAGAAGCACAUCAUCUGCUACUGUUAUUGAAAAUCAAUGAAGCCAAAAAUCUGACUCCCUUUUAAUUAGUAUUAAAGUAACAGUAAUC